AUGGCCAUGACGAGGCAGCUGUCAUGCGUAAAAGAUCCACGAACAGUGUUGCUGAUUGUUGUCUACAUCGGACUAUUCCUAGAUUAUAUCCUCAUGCAAGUAGUUGUACCCAUCCUUCCCGAAUACCUCCUCCGCCUGUCGCACCCGGACGAUGCUGAAUUCAUCCUAAGCCGAUUGAAUGUCACCGAUGAGUCGAAAGCUGCGCUCAGGCAUCAGCUCAUCGAAUCUGAGGGAGUGUCUUUUAGCAUACUCUAUGGCUCGAAAGCAUUUGUGCAGCUACUGGCCAACCCUCUUGUUGGGCCAUUGACCAACAGAAUUGGCUAUUCAAUGCCCCUCUUUAUCGGAUUCGUCGUGAUGACCGGAUCUACCGUAAUGUUCGCCUUCGGCAAUAGCUACAUUGUACUUCUACUGGCUCGAUCCCUCCAGGGAGCUGGUUCCGCUUGUACCGCUACUGCCGGUAUGGCGAUGCUAGCGGAGGUCUACACUAAUGAAAAGGAAAGGAGCCGAGCCAUGGGCAUUGCCUUGGGGGCUGUCGCGCUUGGUGGACUUCUUGGGCCUCCUUACGGUGGCACUAUGUAUCAAUUGUUCGGAAAAGAAAUUCCGUUUAUUUUAUUGGCCGUGUUGGGAGCUGUUGGGGCUGGCCUCCAACUAUGGGUGCUUCCCCCGAAGAUCAGCAAACCGAUUGUGGAUGGAAAACCCAGUUCUAUCAAGAAGCUAUUGGGAGAUCCCUACGUGGCUUUGGCACUUGGUGGCAUCUUCUUCACUUACCUCGGAUGGGCCGAGGUCCAACCAGCGAUCCCAAUGCGAAUGAUCGACCUCUGGGGUGCUACAGCUAUGGAACGAGGCCUCGUCUAUCUCCCCUGCUCCCUUAUGUACCUAAUUGGAACGAACUCUUUCGGACCGAUCGCGCUGAAGAUGGGGAGAUGGCUCGCCAGCACAACUGGCCUGCUCGUUCUUGGAUUGGCAAUGCUUGUGAUCCCAUUCGUCCCUGGAAUGUGGUAUCUCACCCUCCCAUUCGCAGUGAUUGGACUGGCCAUCGGUCUGAUUGACGCUGCUUUGUAUCCAAUGCUCGGUUAUUUGGUGGAGAUUCGCCAUCAAAACGUCUACGGUUCUGUCUAUGCUAUGGCCGAUGCUGUCUACUGUCUCUCUAUGGUCAUCGGACCGUUUGCUUCUGGAAAAAUUGUUCAGACCAUGGGCUUCAAUCACAUGACCUAUGCUGCAGUUGCCAUCACCAUCGUCUCAGCCCCUUUGAUGAUCUUCCUCCGAAACCCACCGGUUUUGAAGAGCAAGUCCCUCACCCAAACCAUCAGCGUCAUCAGCAGCGAUUUGAAUUCGAUCGUCCCAGAAAAAGAGCCCGAGCCGGUUGUAUUCACUACGGCC